AUGGCAACAUCUUCUCCUGCACGGGAUUUCGAUGAUAAUGACGAUGAUCCGUUGUACGAGCCGUCAGCGCCUGAUGCAACUGGCAGUGUGGAGAGCACGGGCGAUUCAACUAGUUUGUUUGGACAAUUCACUUGGACAGUUGCUCUGCCGGCAGCACCUGCAGACAAGGACUCACUAGCUGACAUCAGCAAAAUAAGACAGUUCAGUGAUGUUUUUGAAGUGGGAGGAUUCGAAUGGAAACUGGAAAUGUAUCCAUAUGGAGACAGUCAGAGUGACAAAACUUUGUCUGUUUUUCUCUGUGCGGUGGAUCGUAAACAGUUGCCGGGGUGGAGUCAAACUGCACAUUAUCAGAUCACAGUGGUCAACAAGGAUCUCCCCAAAUCAUCUACUCAUACAGGAUAUGACAUUUUUAGGGGAAAACGUGAUAGUGCAUGGGGCUGGAGUAAACUCAUAAGCCUCAGCAAGCUACAUGAUCAAGCACAGGGCUGGGUGGACGAUGGAGGAAAUAUCACUAUCCAAGCAACGGUGCAUGUUGUCACGCAUGAUUAUAUGCCCGUUAAUCGAACGUAUCGCAAGUCCCUCUGUGGAUUGUAUUACGAAAGAGUUUUGCAAAGCUACUUCGAGCCAUUCUUGAAGGACGAGCUCUUGCGGUUGGACAAACUUUGUGGGAACAGUGCUUUGCAUAAAGGCUUCAGCGAUUUUUGGGUUGCUCUGCCAGAUGCCAACAAAAGAGAGCUGUUACAGAUCACUUUGGAUGAAGUGUUGCUCAACGUCAAGGCUCGACUGUUUUCUCGCGAUCAGCCGGCUACUUACCUAGCAGCUGAUGUGAUUUUCAAGGCAGCUCAGGAUUGUUCUCAGACCAGUGCAGUAGAAAGUGUGCAACAAACAGUUGUAGGAAACACUUCGUUGUCUAUAGUUUGCGGAGGCGAGGGGACAGUGCUGAGGUUGGAGCGUGUUAGUUCUGACAAAAAUGCGGCUUCCAAUUCGUCCACUAAAAGCACAGAGAAAGCAGCAACAAUCGAGCCUGUAGACUCGGAGGUGAAGGCUUUGGUGAAACACCUGAAACCGCAGAGUUGCGAUGGAACUUGUUUAGAGGCAAUGGGUCGGCAGAUGCUUGCAGUUUUCGCCAUGUGUGGAAUGUACAUAACAAAUGUGCACCCAUCUUAUCACGAAAAACUUGCUCUACAACUGCAAGAAGACUUGAUACGGGAGGAAGAAGAAAAGAAUCUGAAAGCUCAAGCGAAAAAAGCCAAGCAGGCUGAGAAGAAGAAAAAGCAGCAAGAGCUCAAAGCACAGAAACGAGCUGAGGAGGAGGCAGCGAAGAAGAAAGCAGAAGAAGAAGAAAAGAAGAAGAAGGAAGAGGAGAAAGAAGAACGUCGCAAGAAGGAGGAGGAAGCUGCUCGUAAAAAAGCGGAAGCAAAGAGACUGGCGCAGGAAGAGGCUGAGCGCAAGAGAAGGUUGGAACUUGAGGCUGAGGAGAAGCGAAAGAGGGAAGAAGCUGAACGGAAGCGAGAAGAAGCUGAGAAGAAGAAAGAGGCUGCCGAAAAGAAACGAGAGGCUGCCGAAAAGAAGAGGGAAGCCGAGGAAAAGAAAAGGGAGGCCGAGGAGAAAAAACAGCGAGAAGAAGCUGAGAGGAGGGCUAGAGAACAGGAGGCUGCGGCACGCCAGGCUGCGAUUGAGCAAGAGAAGGAGAAGGCGAAGGAGAAGGAGGAUGAAGUGCCAUAUGAAGAACAGUUGAAACGGAAAGAGAUUGCUGCAAUCAUGCGGAAUACCUCUCUUUCUCCGCAAGAAAAGCAAGCAAGAGUUCAAGCCAUUUUGGCAGGCAAGGUGGAUGUGACUAAGAGUGCUGCUAUGCACGUGAGCAGUUCGCAAGAAGACGCACCAGAAGAGGCGACGGCAUCCGAAAAGAGUGCCGCAGCUCGGACAGAAAGGGUUUCUCAAAGAGCUCAAGUCGAGCCAGCUCCCUUUUCUGUUAGUUCGAGAGCAGAUUUCGCUCCGCCGAUCCCCUUUAAUCCCUUGGCGAUGGACUCCUCGGCUGACAUAGAUGUCGAGGCGGUUGCUUUGCAGGCAUUGGAAGGUUUUGGAGGAGAUGACAUUAUGUCUAUUGCGUUGGGGAAUAUGGGCGCUCCUGCGAAUACAUGGAACUUUGGUGGGCAACAAGAGUAUGUGCCAGAAAACAGCAAGAGUUUUCAGGUCCCAUUCACUCAAAAUCAUGCUAAUUCACAAGGCGCUGCUGGUUCAAGGCUGUUCGAGAAAUGGAGUGGCAAGGGGCACUCAUCGCAGGACAAUUCUGUACAUAGCAAUCAUUGUAACGGAAAUAUGAUGUUUCAUAACAAUGGUUUCGAUUCUGAGGAGAACGAGGCAAGCAUUGCUUCAACAGCUUCAGAACCCGGCUCACCUGAAAUUUCAAAAAUAGAUGGGAACUACAUGUCACAUGUUUCGGGAGACUGGGGCGUGGAUUCAUCUCAGCCCAGCAAGAGACGACAGAUAUGCCUUUUGCUUGCUUACAUUGGGAAUGACUUUCAGGGUGGCCUCACACACCAGAAUCCUUCCGUUCGGACUGUUGAAGGUGAACUUUUGAAGGUACUGCGCGCGUCAGGUGCCUUGAAUCCGGAUCCGUCAAUGUCGUCGUUGGAGAAGAUCGGAUGGACGCAUGCCUGCCUCACUGAACCAGGAGUGCAUGCCUCGGGUCAAUGCGUGACGGUGGAUAUUGUGAAGCCUCGGGAAAGUCUAGCAACUUUCAUUGAGCGCUUGAAUGCAAGGCUUUCUGGGGACUUGAGGAUUCUGAAUUGCACCGUGUUUGGCAAUUCAAAUUAUAACAAUUUUGGACCUUCAGCCGCCAAGGGUAGUGGUUCAAAAUUCGAUGCCGGUAAUCAUGCCCUCUGCUCGUUUGAGUACGUUAUUCCAUCAGCAUUGUUCUGCGUAUUCCCGUCAAGAAUUCUGAACUCAGGAGGUGCUGCUAUCUAUGAAUACUUGCGUCAGUUCAGGAUGUCGUCAGUUCGUGAGCAACAGCUGAACUACAUUCUACGACAGUUUCAAACUGGUGGUGUGCGUGGAUUGCCAUGGUUCCAGGAACAGUGGGAUUUCUCUCUGUUCACUGACAAAGCCUUUGCUAAUCUGGCACUUGGAUCAAUCAAGUCGUUCAGCAUAUCGGAGAAGUUGGUGGUUCACGGCAUCGAACACCUGGUUCUGCGUGUGGAAGGGGUGAAUUUCUUUCCUGGACAAAUCAUGAAGAUGGUUGGUUUGUCAGUCUUGACCUUGUGUCGCAAGCCAGAAUCAACGGAUUUGUCUUCGCUCCUGCAAGAGGCGACUCUGAUACGUAAAGUAUUGCGCCAUGAAUAUGAGAUUACGAUUCCCUCACCACCAAGUCAUGGACUUAUUCUGGAUAAGGUGCUCUACGGUUCUGACGAGCACAUCGUGAACGGGCAGGCGCACAAAGCCAUUGAGCUUUACAAGAGGGGAACGAUCUAUCAGUCAGUGUGCUCCUCUGCGAUGGUUCACCGUUUUGUCGAGUGGUUUAUUGGGGGCUCCAUGUAAGAUGCAAGUCCACUAAGUUGCUGCAAUUCCAGACAUAUCCCUUACCAAUAAACCGCUUGCUCCCUU